GAUCCUGUGUGACAUCAGAAUGUGGGGCGUUUGCAGCAGAACUGCGGUGGGGAUGGCAAAGACGUGUCUGUUCAAGAGACCGUGUCACCUGGUGAAGCCGGUAUCAGCAACCCGCGUCGCUGGCAGGUACCUGAGCCACCAGAGGGGGCUGCCGGCUCUGCCCGUCCCCCCUCUGCAGCAGACCUGUGAGCGUUACCUUAAUGCUCUGGAGCCCAUCGUGGAGGCUGACGAACUGACCAGGACCGAAGAACUGGUUCAGGACUUCCAGAGACCAGGAGGGGUCGGAGAGCGGCUGCAGAGAGGCCUGGAGAAGAGAGCGAGUAUGACAGAGAACUGGCUUUCUCAGUGGUGGGUUCAAGUAGCUUACUUGGACUUCAGAAUGCCUGUGGUGGUCCAUUCAAGUCCUGGUCUGGUUUUACCCCAGAUGGACUUCAGAGAUCAGCAGGGACAAAUAAGGUUUGCUGCCAAACUCAUAUCUGGUGUUCUCGACUUCAAGGCGAUGAUCGACAAUGAGACUCUCCCAGUGGAGUUCUUGGGAGGGCAGCCUCUGUGCAUGAACCAGUACUACGAGGUGCUCUCGUCCUGCCGGAUCCCCGGCUUGAAGAGGGACUCGGUGGUGAAUCACGCCAAGAGUUCGCUGCCGCCCAAACACAUCACUGUGGUUAACAACUUCCAGUUCUUUGAGCUAAAUGUGUACAACAGCGACGGGUCGCCGCUGUCCUCAGAUCAGCUGUGCAUUCAGCUGGAGAGGAUCUGCAGUGCUGCGCAGGAGACCAGCGCCGAGCCCGUCGGCAUCCUCACCACUCUGCAUCGAGACAUUUGGGGCAAAGCUUACCUGAACCUUAUGAAAGAUGAGACGAACAGAGACUCGGUCACAGCGAUCCAGAGGAGCAUCUUCACCCUGUGUCUGGACCGAGCUGGGCCUCAUGGGUCCGAGGAGACGUAUCGCAGCUGCGCAGCCAUCCAGAUGUUGCACGGUGGAGGCAGCCCGGGUAACAGCGGAAACCGCUGGUUCGACAAAACGCUGCAGUUCAUCGUCGCUGAAGAUGGAACAUGUGGAGCGAACUAUGAGCAUGCUCCGGCUGAGGGCCCGCCUAUCGUGGCGCUGAUCGAUCACGUGGUGGAGUACACGAGGAAGCCUGAAGCGGGUCGGCCUGAGGCGGGUCAGCCUGUAACUUUGCCUCCGCCUCGAAGACUGAACUUCAACAUCUCGCCUGAAGUGCAGAAGGACAUCGAUGAGGCGGAACGCAGUGUGAACAGACUGGCCCAGGACCUGGAGAUGAAGGUCAAAGUGUUCCAACACUUUGGAAAAAACCUCCCAAAAACAUUCAAAAUGAGUCCUGAUGCCUUUAUCCAGAUCGCCCUACAGCUGGCCUACUACAGGAAGUACCAGCGCUGCUGCGCCACGUAUGAGAGCGCCUCCCUGCGGAUGUACAGGCUGGGUCGUACGGACACGAUCCGCUCGGCCUCGAACGCCUCGGCUGCCUUCGUGAAGGCCUUCGACGAUCCGAAUAAACAGAACUCGGAGAAGGUGGAUUUAAUGGAGAAAGCUGUGAAGGCUCACCGAUGGUACACCAACAUAGCCAUCAGUGGGCAGGCCAUCGACCGACACCUGCUGGGUCUGAAGAUGCAGGCCAUGGAGGAGAAACUUUCUGUACCUGCCCUUUUCAGAGACCCCACCUACUCCAAGGCGUUACACUAUCACCUGUCUACAAGUCAGGUCCCGUCUAAGACGGACUGCGUGAUGUGUUUCGGCCCGGUGGUACCGGACGGGUACGGCGUGUGCUACAACCCCAUGGAGGAUCACAUCAACUUUGCUGUGUCAUCAUUCAGCAUGUGUUCAGAAACAAAUGCCGUUGACCUGGCUCAGGCAGUGGAGGAUGCCCUUCUGGACAUGAGGAGAGUUCUGGAACAAAGUCCCAAGUCCAAACUGUGAAGCUCCUCAAACAGAACCGCACCUUCUGGAAGAUCCGAUAAUGUGUCAGUUUUUGGUCCUGGAGCGAGAGCACGGGUCACGAGGGUCACGUUGCACUUUACGACUCAACAGCUCCACAAUCAUCUUCAGUGACAUUAGAUUAGUUAAAAUAUCCGGUAUUCACCAGUCGUUUGUUUCAGUCGGUCCUAAUAAAUUUCUCUGUUCCUAAA